AUGUCCAACCUGGACAAGCAGAUUGAGCAGCUGCGAAGCUGUCGACCCAUUCCCGAGCGCGACGUCAAGGAGUUGUGCUUCAAGGCGCGGGAAUUGCUGAUUGAAGAGGGAAAUGUCACCAGCGUGAAUGCUCCCGUGACGAUAUGUGGGGACAUUCAUGGCCAAUUCCACGAUUUGAUGGAGCUGUUCCGUGUUGGUGGCGAUGUGCCCGACACGAAUUACUUGUUUAUGGGCGACUUUGUCGAUCGGGGCUUUUAUUCGCUGGAAUCCUUCCUCCUCCUCUUGUGCCUCAAAGUGCGAUAUCCCGACCGCAUCACCCUCAUCCGCGGCAAUCACGAAUCCCGCCAAAUCACCACCGUCUAUGGCUUCUACGACGAAUGUUUGCGCAAAUAUGGCAGUGCCAAUGUGUGGAGAUAUUGCUGCGAAGUCUUCGACUAUCUCGCCCUGGGAGCGCUGGUCCUCGGCGCCUCCACCGACCUCUCUCCCACCGACGCGGCUUUCGUCGAUCCCGCACAAGCAAACUCCGACUCCGAAGAUAUUGAGAUCGAAAUCCUCAAUUCCCAAGGCAAUAUCAUCAACCGCUUUCCUCGAACCCGAGCCCAAACAUCCCAAGACACAUCACAACUCUCCAACCCGCAAUCAUCCCCCUCACAAACACCCGCAGCAUCACAAACUGGCGCUCCGGGAACAGGCGCCACCUCCUCCUCGAAUGGCUCUUCUGGAAACAACGGUGGCGCCGUCCUCUGCGUACACGGUGGUCUAAGUCCUCUAAUCGAUAGCAUCGACAAGAUCCGGCUCUUGGACCGCAAACAAGAAGUUCCCCACGAAGGUGCAAUGUGCGAUCUCCUCUGGUCGGAUCCGGAUGAAAUCGACGGCUGGGGUCUCUCUCCGCGCGGAGCAGGCUUCCUCUUCGGCGCCGACAUUGUGAAAUGCUUCAACUACAAAAACGACCUCUCCCUCAUCUGCAGAGCGCACCAAUUGGUGAUGGAAGGUUUCAAGGAAAUGUUCGAUUCCACCAUCGUGACCGUCUGGUCGGCGCCGAAUUAUUGCUACCGAUGUGGGAAUGUGGCAGCGAUAUUGGAGUUGGGCGAGGAUGAGGGUGGCGGGUAUGGGAGAGCGAGUAAUGGGGAUCAGGGAAGGACGGGAGCUACCGGAGAGCAGAGAGUCGGGCCUGGGAGGAGGUAUAGAGUGUUCGAGGCCGCGCCGCAGGAUUCUAGGGGUAUGCCUAGUAAGAAGCCCGUGGCGGAUUACUUUUUGUGA